CCUGUGUCUAAACAGGCAACCAAAGGGUUAAAGUCUGUUCCACAGACUCUCCCAUGCUUCUAGAAUCCCCUGGAAGCUACUUGUGCAGGCUUUAAAUACUGAUUUGACAAAUCACAUUUUACACACAGCCUACCACUGAGAAAAUAGCCUACUACUACUACUACUGCUACUACUACUACUAGCUCACAGCCUUCACUGCCUCCUCACACUUUACCACAGCACAGCACAGCACAGCACAGACAGACAGACAAACAGACAGACAGACAGACAGACAGACACGAUGGGAACUGUGAGAGUGUUGUUACUCCUCUCCUUUAUACUGUCACCAUGGGUGCUCUGCUCGACUGGGAAACACUUCAACCAGGAUUCAACACUGGAACAACGGGAUGUAUUGUUCAAUAGAGAAGCCUAUCUGGAAGCAAGGAGGUCUAAGAGAGAAGCAGCAUUGAGGCUGGGAGAGGACUAUGACUCCAGCAUGGUCUUCCUGCCUGCUGAUGAACCAGACGAUGCUGCAGCCUCAGAGCUGCCCACAUGCCUGCUGUGUGUGUGUCUGACCGGCUCGGUGUACUGUGAGGAGGUGGUUCCAGAGAUGAGUGCUGUGCCGACCCUUCCCAAGGAGACCGCCUACCUCUACGCACGCUACAACAAGAUCAACAAGAUCACCAAUAAAGACUUUGCAGAAAUCGUGACUCUGAAGAGAAUUGACCUGACGGGGAACCUGAUCUCGGAGAUCCAGGACGGAGCAUUCUCCAAGCUGACCCUGCUGGAGGAACUCAAUUUGGCUGAGAACCAACUGGUCAAGCUGCCCACGCUGCCCGGCAAGCUCACCACCUUCAACGCCAACCACAACCAGCUCAAAACCAAAGGGGUCAAGGCCAACGCCUUCAAGAAACUGGAGAAGCUGGUUAACCUCUUCCUCGGAGACAAUGCGCUGGAGGCCGUGCCAGUGAUCCCUGAGAACGUCCGCGUAGUCCACCUUCAGAACAACAACAUCACUGAUGUCACCUCCGACACGUUCUGCAAGGGAAACAACACACACUACAUAAGACCCAAACUGAUGGAGGUGAGGUUGGACGGGAACCCAGUGCUGCUGUCUAAGCACCCCGACAGCUUCACCUGCCUCAAGUCUCUCCCCGUCGGACAGUACCGCUGAACAAAAGACUCCCUGGGGAAAGGUCUUCUGUAAAGGUUGCAACAUUUCGGAAAACUUUUCCAAAAUUCCCAGGUUUUCCAGAAAUCCUAGUUGGAGGAGUCCUGGAAUACUCCAACCAGGAUUUCUGUAUAACUAGGGGAAUAAGCAUCCAGAAUCCUCCAACCAGGAUUUCUGUAUAACUAGGGGAUUUAGGGAAAGUCUUCCGACGUCAGUGGACUUCCUGGUUAAAUAACAUUACAGUAGUAAAACAGACAACUUCUACAGGGCUUUCAGACA